AUCAGGCCCAGAAAAAAAGUGCUAAUUCUCAGCCCAACAAAUCAGCAGGCCCAGCAGAACCCGAAAAAAAACAUCGCUACGCACGCCUGCAUCAACACGCGCGUGCGCUAGGAUCGUUUUAUUUACUCAAAAUCAAAUGGCUGAUCCAACUCGACCUGAGUUUGACAUCUUGGACUCAGAAGGACUUGAGUACCAUCGUUGGGUUUCCGAUAUGGAAACUGCCUUUGUGGCAAAAGACUACACUGCCACCAUUACUGAUCCCAAAGAUGAUGAACUAUCUAAUAAGGUGAAAGCAGAUGCCUUAAUUUUUCUGAGGCGACAUAUUGAUCCUAGCCUACGCUGGGAGUACCUUCAGUUGAAGACACCCAAAGCACUGUGGGAUGCCCUUAAAGGACGUUUUGGGAACAUUCACGAUACUUUGCUCCCAGGACUGGCUGUUCAGUGGAAUGGAAUCCGCUUUCUUGACUAUAAAAAGGUCAAUGACUUCAACAAGGACAUGUUGCGCUUAAAGGCACGUCUCAAUUUCUGUGGAAGGGAAAUCACAGAAGAUGAUAUGAUCUCAAAGACUCUUACCACCUUUCCUAAUUCAGCUUUUAUACUAGCGAACCAGUAUCAAUUGGAUUAUGACAACAAAAGAAUCACAACCUUCAAUAAGUUGAUAAGCCUACUGCAAGUGGCUGAGAGACAAAAUAAGAUUCUCUUGAAUAACAAUGCCAGGCCCACUAGGACAAAGAAAAUUCCCGAGGCUAAUUAUGGAAAAAUGAAAGGUGGAAAUAACUCCAAUGCAAGGGGGUUUAGACGUGCUGAUCCCUACCCACGUGGCAACAAUGCACCACGUGGAAAGGGACAUGGGGAUCAUGGAAACAAGAUGCCAAAGGAAAGAGUUGACAAUGAACCAUGCUAUAGGUGUGGAUUCAUUGGGCAUUGGUACAAGAACUGCCAAGCAAACAACAGAGUAGCAGCCAAUUACAAGAGGUAUAGAGAGUCUAAAGAACAAGAGGCUCACUAUAUGGAAGAAGGAGGUCAUGACCUAGACGUCAACCUUACAAUUGCAGACUUCAAUGGCAAAGAGGAACUUGCUAAGUCAAUGGAUGCUCUCAAUCUUGACUGAUCUGCUUUAUUCAUUUUAUUUUCCAAAGACAGUUAUGAAGGCAUAAUGCCUCAUUUUUAAUUAGACUACUACUUGGUCUUAAAGUUUAUUUCAAUACUGGUUUGAUGAAUUAGAACAAGACCUUGAUUUGAUUA